AUGUCGCGCUUACUAAAGCGCUUCUAUCGGACAUUCUUCAUCCUUUCUAGCUCCCAUGACUGGCGCUUCAUCAAAGCCGUUCCUGGGACAAUCGAGACACCACCAAGACGUGAUUUGCAUCCGUUCCGGAAGGAGCAAAUGCCAUGGAUGUUACCGCUUUGGCUGGUUCCAUCAUCGUUGCCACCGAGGACGGCACGUGCUUUUACGGAUAUGGAUGGGAUCACAAUGUAGCGCUACGCUAAAAUCGCCGGCUUAUUGAAAUGAGCAAGGG